GCAGGCGGCUUCCAUACGCGACGGCGAUAUCAGUCGUAGAUUUUUUCUUUUAAUAAUUUUGACAUCAAUAAUUUUUCUGAAGGAGGAAUUAUAUUAUUUUGGACUAGAAUAUCAAACUUAAUUAAAAUAUAAGAAUUAAAAAUCAGGUUUUUAAUUUAAAAUAAAGUUUUGUUUAAAUUUUUAAAAAAUUGAGAUUUAAUACUUGAAAUACAAUAUGUCUGGAAUAGCUGUGGCUCGUUUGGGAGAAGAAAGAAAAGCAUGGCGAAAAGAUCAUCCUUUCGGUUUUGUUGCUCGUCCAACGAAGAAUCCGGAUGGUACAUUGAACUUAAUGAAUUGGGAAUGCGCAAUUCCUGGCAAAAAAGGCACCCCUUGGGAAGGUGGUUUGUAUAAAUUAAGAAUGAUUUUUAAAGACGAUUAUCCUACAAGCCCGCCAAAAUGCAAAUUUGAGCCACCAUUAUUUCACCCAAAUGUUUAUCCUUCGGGUACAGUAUGUUUGUCAUUACUAGAUGAAGAAAAAGACUGGCGUCCAGCUAUUACAAUUAAGCAAAUAUUAUUGGGUAUACAAGAUUUGCUCAAUGAACCAAAUAUUAAAGAUCCAGCACAAGCUGAGGCCUAUACUAUAUAUUGCCAGAACAGAUUGGAAUACGAAAAACGAGUAAGGGCUCAAGCCAGAGCUAUGGCCGCAACAGAAUAAAUUUAUAUAUCGAAUUCGCGUCAUCUUUUAUUUUCCUAAAUUAAAAAAUCAGGAGCUGCCAGGUGACAAAAAUAACUCUAACUAAAAAUAAGUAUUUUUUUUUCUUUAUCAUUUUCCUAAACUUUUGGAGCGCUUUCAAAUUAGUGUAAGUUGAUAUAAAAAAAUAAGAAAAUAUUAUAUAGUUUGCAACAUUA